AUGGCAGGAAAGGUAACAACACCUUCUCUUGCUACAUUGAGAAUUAUAGAUGGCCGACAGGGUCGAGCUGAGGCGCCCACGGCGUGGAGCACGGCUUUUCAACUUACUGUUGAGGAGGCACGAGCAGCUCCUAACGUGGUGAUGGGAUCGCUCCUUAUGAACGGCAUCUCUGCUCUAGUAUUGUUUGAUUCGCAGGCUACCCGAUCGUUUGUGCCGCUCGCACUUAGCAAGCAAUUUAGUAGAGCUUCAGGGGAGCUGGACUGUCCACUGGAUGUUGAGAUAGUGGAUGACAAGACCAUCAGGGUUGCGAGGGUUCAUCGGGGAUGUACACUGCAGUUGUUCGAUGAGUUGUUUUUAGUAGACUUGGUUCCUAUUCCCCUGCGAGGGAAUAAGGUUAUCAUGGGCAUGGAAUGGUUGAGUGCAAAUGGACCAGUGAUAGACUACAAGCACCAGCUAGUGAGGGUUUGGACUCCUAGUGGAGGAGGGUUAGUGAUUUAG